UGCAGGAUGGUCGCGGCAAGAAAAUGGCUGAUUUUGAGGAGCUGAGGGUAGGAGAAAGUGUUUUAUUAAUACUGCUACGCUAAGAAAGUGCAGCAGCGCAUCCCUGUUAAACAGAGAGGUGCGUUAGGAUAUAAGAUAUCAUAAAAAUCGAACACAAUCAUUUUAAAACAUCAGCGUUGGAAGCCUAUAAAUAUAACUUAAACAUUUAUUUUUAAAAGUGUGACCGUGUGAUUGUUGAUCAUGUUCAGUGGUUUGAGAUGCACUUUACGAUCCCAUUUGUUAAGGAAAUGUAAAGAAAAAAAGGAUUAACAAGUAAGAACAAGCAAGCAUGGACCGUAUAAAUGAAGGAAUAUGAUAUCAAGUUUCCGUGUGUCAGAACUACAGGUAUUAUUGGGCUUUGCUGGACGGAACAAAAGCGGUCGCAAGCAUGAACUCCUGUUGAGGGUCUUGCAUUUGCUAAAAAGUGGCUGCAGCCCCGCUGUCCAAAUCAAAAUAAAGGAACUGUACAGACGCCGCUACCCCAGGACCAUUGAAAGUCUCCCAGACCUGUCGGCUCUCAGGUCCUACUCCCUGGACAGUAACUUCUCCUCCCUGCUGGAGUCUGACCUGGCAGUGGCCAUCGUUAACUCUCACCCCACUGGCUCGGUUACCUCCCAUUCAGCCGGUGUCAGUGCUGUGCUAUUGCAUGAGACCAAGCCCAGGCUGGACAUGCAGCAGCCAGGCUCCACGGCCAUGCCCCCGGUCCACCCCGACGUCCAGAUGAAAAGCUUGCCCUUCUACGACGUGCUGGAUGUUCUCAUCAAACCUUCAAGCCUGGGUGCAAGCAGUAUUCAACGGUUUCAAGAGAAGUUUUUCAUCUUUGCAUUAACUCCACAUCAAGUCAGAGAAGUCUGCAUCUCCAGGGAUUUUCUGCCAGGGGGUAGGAGAGAUUAUAUGGUCCAGAUUCAGAUGAGGUUUUGCCUAGCAGAGACGAGCUGCCCUCAAGAAGACAAUUACCCAAACAGUUUGUGUAUCAAAGUCAAUGGAAAGAUUUUUCCCUUACCUGGGUAUGCCCCUCCUCCCAAAAACGGAGUGGAGCAGAAAAGGCCAGGCCGGCCAUUAAAUAUCACCUCGCUGGUUAGACUAACGUCGGCUGUGCCCAAUCAGAUUUCUGUUACAUGGGCACCAGAGAUUGGCAAGAAUUAUUCCUUGUCUGUGUAUCUCGUGAGGCAGCUCACGUCAUCACUGCUGUUGCAGAGGUUAAAAAUGAAAGGCAUCCGAAACUCUGACCAUUCUCGAGCUUUGAUAAAAGAGAAGCUAACUGCAGAUCCUGACAGUGAGAUCGCCACCACAAGCUUAAGAGUGUCACUGUUGUGCCCACUGGGUAAGAUGCGCUUGGCGGUCCCCUGCCGCGCGGUGACAUGCUCUCAUCUCCAGUGCUUCGACGCAGCACUCUACCUGCAGAUGAAUGAGAAGAAGUCCACCUGGAUUUGUCCGGUCUGUGAUAAGAAAGCUGCUUACGAAAGUCUUAGAAUAGAUGGGCUUUUCAUGGAAAUCUUAAAUGAAUGCUUGGAUGUCGAUGAAAUAAAAUUCCAGGAAGAUGGAACCUGGUGCCCAAUGAGACCAAAGAAAGAGGCUCUGAAAGUGUCAAGCCCGUGUUCUACUAAAAUUGAAAGCUCCAGUGUGGUGACCCGCUCGUGCUCUGUGCUGACUGCCGGCAGUGAGCCCAGCGGGGUGAAGAAAGCAGACGUGAUCGACCUGACGAUAGAGAGCUCCUCUGAAGAGGAGGAGGAGGAAGAGGAGGAGGAGGAGCCACCCCUCAAGAAGCGUUGCCUCUACAUGAACAUGAAGACAGAGGAGGGCCACGGCAAGGGGUCAGUAAACACCAGGGUGGUAUCGUACCAGCCCCCUGCAGGGCGCGGGCCCAGCAUGCAGACUGUGGACACGUCCUUCCUGCCCUCUGCACUCGCUGACUAUGCAGUUCCAUUCCAUCAUUCAACACUCUCCACCAUCCCCACGGACAUGCAAGCAGUUUAUUGUGGUGGAAACAAUGCUGUAGACAACCGUCCAAUGAUUUUCUACAAAGGUCUGGAUUUCCUUUCACUGAUUCAAGGAGACCCGCAGCAGUACUGUGCUCCAAUGUUCCUGGACACCCUGGGCAGCACGUUGCAGGCAGCAGCCCCCUCAAGUGGAGGAAUCAUCUCCUCUUCGUCCUCCUCCUCCACAGCCAGCCACCAUCACCAAGAGAGCAGCAGCCACCACAGCAGCAGCAGCUCCAGCAGGAACGAGGCUGGGGGAGGAACCAGCAUCACUGACAUAAUUUCUUUGGAUUAGUGACUUUUUACAUGACACUUGAGAAGUGUGACAGACCACCCACCCCACCUCACCCUCUCCUCUGCAGGGCAGUACGAAACACUGCCACCAAACAAACAAACUUGCCCAUUGUUUUUGGAAAAUUCUUUUCAGUUUUUAAUUGCUUUUUUUUUAUUUUAUAUAUUUAAUAUAUAUAUAUAAAUCCGUGUAUUCAUGCCUUUUGAAUAAAAACAAAAUGGACAUUGAAAGUACAUACCAGACCCUAAAAUGGCAAUGUUAGUCAUGUGUAAGUUAAUGAUUUGUUUUCUGUACAAACGCCGAAACUCAAAUGAGUGCAUUUCAGAAACACACCUGAGGUGGUGUUCACCUGCAGCACAACAACUUUCUAAAAUCAAACAAAAACAAAUGUUCUACUUUUUCAAUAUCUUGAUUGACUCAGUUACACACAGCAAUAAUAAUAAUAAAUAAAUAAAAUAAAACUUUUCAAUAAAAUCUUAUGUACUGUGCUGUGUGUAGACCAUGUGGGUGGGUCCACAGUGGACUGUAGGGUGAGUGUGGUUCAAAGCCUGUUUGCAGUAGUACUGAACCUGGCUGGGGACAGGCAGCAUUGCAUUGGCCCUUGUGCUGAUAAUGGUCUUGGGAUGGUUCACCUCAUAGUGAUUCAGUGACCCCUGCGAGGGGGGGUGGGGAGCUUGUUUAUUUACAUACUGCAAAUCCAUAUUAAGCUGCACAGGCACUCCCCUGAUUGAAUCAUUGGAAAUCCUUCACUGAACCAGAUAGGCAAUCUCCUUUUACCACUUACUUCAGACGUAGGUUGAUGGUAAUUAAUAUUGCUCUGAAAGCAUUUCACAUGUACAAAAAAAGCCAAGUUAGCAUAUUAUAUUAUUCUUAUCUCCAUAUUAUUAUUAGUCCAUAGUCCGUUGGUGGGCUGGAGUCAAUUGUAUGAAACCGAAAUAUUAACUUUGGCAGUGUCUACAGUGAUCAGCAGUCCAUCUGGUGCCCAGGUCAAGCAUGUCAGUGACACCCAUACGUGAACCACAGGCAUGUGCUUAAUACUGUUUGCAGGAUAUAAUCUUUUUAUCAGUAUUACUGUAACCGUUUAUACAGCUGCGUUGUAUGCAGCCACAUCUUUUGCACCUCUAUCCUGUUAGCUUGAUGCGCUUGUUCUAGUUAAACACAGAAUCAGAAGGUGUGACUGCAUGGUCACAAAAGACUGUCAGUGUAAGCCCAUUCACCUGUUUGUGGUGUGAUAUACAUAGUAAACAGGAGGGAUCCCCACCACCACCACCUUUAUUUUUCACAUUCAAACUAAAUCUUCAGUAACUUGUUUUGGAGAUUCUUGCACAGAAUUAAAAAUACAACAGUAAAAACCA